GAUACUCGUUACUGUAACUUGUGCGAUGCGCGCUUGUUUGGAUUGGUGUGCGCACCUGUCACUCAAGUUCAUCGUGACUCGUGCUUUAGUUUACGGGUUAAUCUGUAACAUCUUCACUGUGUGCAACCGAGAUGACAUGAGCAACUGGCAACUCAUGUAACCACAAAUGACAAUGUGAUGAUACUGUAUAAUACAUCAUGUAAAUACUCAAAGGGUCCAGGUCGUCUCGCUUUGGUUGACAAGAGCGAUACGGUCUUCUGCUAUCCGAUAUUAACGUUAUUGGAAGGCGUGCCCUCUCGGUUCUAUAUGAACCUGAAAACUCAUCACCAUGCAACAGUCAGACAUCGGACUCUGAUUCUCACGGCGCCCCGAGAGCCGUGAGAACUCGCGUCCACCACCCUCGCCGCGAACUUAAGCGCUUUGCGCAAACGGUAUAUCUGGCGAGCAUUUACGCGCAGAGGUGAGGCGCAGCGGAGUUGCGCUGCAUGCAAUGCACAUGCAUGACUGUGCAUGUAUACUCUCAACCGACUGAAUAAUAAAAAUAAAAAAAAUCUUAAUAUUAUGUAAUGAAAUUAUGACAUUUUGACAAUUGAUGUUGCCACAGGAUUGGACGCCGCUUCAAGUUCCUCAUUUCAUAUGACAUGGCUAAAGUGAUCUAAGAGUAGAGUGCAGAGCCUAGACCUGUAAAAACAGGUCUCUAAUCAGUCACCAUGGGAGAGCAUUUGAGUAACCGUGACUGCAGUAACCUGAGCGUGCUAAACUGGGGGCAGGUGAGGCGUCUAGACGCCAUUCUGACCGAAUCCAUCCCCAUUCACGGCAAAUGGAACUUCCCAACGUUGGAAAUGAAGCCUCGGGAUAUAGUCAAAGUGGUGCGGUGUCGUAUGGAAGAGCGCAAGAUCCACGUUCGAGAGGUCCGGCUUAACGGUUCCGCGGCCAGCCACGUUCUGCACGAGGACAGCGGAUUGGGCUACAAGGACCUGGACCUCAUAUUUUGCGCUGAUCUAAAAGGAGAAGUUGAGUUUCAGACCGUCAAGGAUAUUGUUCUCGAUUCCCUCUUGGAUUUCUUGCCUGAAGGCGUGAAUAAAGAGAAAAUAACUCCGGUGACAUUAAAGGAAGCAUAUGUGCAGAAGAUGGUGAAAGUAUGCAACGAUUCAGACCGCUGGAGUUUAAUCUCGCUCUCCAAUAACAGCGGCAAGAACGUCGAGUUGAAGUUCGUGGAUUCCCUGCGGCGUCAGUUCGAGUUCAGUGUGGAUUCCUUCCAGAUCCGCCUGGACUCCCUCCUCCUCUUCUACGAGUGCUCGGAGAACCCAAUGGCCGAGACGUUCCACCCCUCUAUCAUUGGCGAGAGCGUUUACGGCGACUUCAGCGUCGCUUUGGAUCACCUGCAACGUAAAUUGAUCUGUACACGAAAUCCCGAAGAGAUCCGUGGCGGCGGGUUGUUGAAAUACUGCCACCUGCUGGUACGAGGUUUCCACGCGGCUUCUGAAACCGAGAUGAAGCUUCUUGAACGGUACAUGUGCUCACGAUUUUUCAUCGACUUUUCAGAUGUGGCGGAACAAAGGCGCAAAUUAGAGUCGUAUCUGCAGAAUCACUUUGUUGGACUUGAGGACCGAAAAUACGAGUAUUUGACCACGCUGCACAGCGUUGUCAAUGAAAGUACAGUGUGCCUGAUGGGACACGAAAGACGACAGACUCUGAGCCUCAUCACCAUGUUGGCAGUACACGUUCUGGCGGAGCAGAAUGUGAUACCCAAUGUAGCCAAUGUUACUUGCUAUUACCAGCCUGCACCGUACAUUGCUGACGGCAACUUUAGUAAUUACUAUAUUGCUCAGGUGCAGCCAAUCUACGCUUGCCAGCCCACCCACAUAUUUUCGCCAUGGUUGCCCUGCAACUGAGCAUUUUUACUAUAAAUCUCUUAGUUUUAAAAUGAUUUGUGGACCACCUGUUGCUGGAAGAAGGCAGUUCCUUAAGAAAGUGUGCAUUUGCACGCUCUACAAUGUAUUGUUGACGAAAACCCUGGAAAACUUUGCCGAUAAGUCAUUGCCAACUUGUUGCAAGGAGAAGCUACCAGAGUACUGGAUGAGGUCACUUGGAUCUGUUCCCAUGGGGCUGCACGUUCUACCUAGGCAUUACAUGGCACCGUUCCAGGCCUAAAGAAGCACAACACUGGCUCAGCAACGUUAAGACACACACCAACUCAAGACUCUUACCUGUACAAAGAGCAUCUAAUCAAUGCAAGGACACAAGAGCGACUGUGUCUUUGUACAUGUUCGCAUUUAUAUGUGUGUGGUACCCAUACUUGAUGACUCGAAGAGAUUAAACCUGCAAAUUUUGUUGAAAGGGCAGAUAGAUUAGCCAACAAAGAAAGUUUUUUGAAGCUCAUUAUUCAUGUUAUUAUACUGAAAAGAACUGAAAUCAAUGGACUGGAUACUUUUUCUCAAGCCAAGGAUAUUCUUAUAGGUACAAGAUACCCAAAAAAGAUGUACCAUGAUCUUUUUCAAUCGAGUGCCUUAAAUUGAAAAAUGAAAGUUAAGACAUCUUUGUUUGGUUUAUGUGUGCUGAACUAUAUGUUUGAUCUUCACAUUGUACAACAGCACAUGAAUGACACCCUUCUGAUAAAGUAAAGGUCAGUUUAAUCACGGAAGAUUACAUAUACCCUUGUGUUUCAGGGGGUACUGUAGUGUCAGAUGUCUGCAACACCUAUUUCUAGUUAUAUGUUAAUUUGAUGCACAAAUUAUGAGAACUAGAGGGUUUAUACUGUAUUUAAGUGUUAAGAAGGAGAUCUGUUUCCUUGCAAGGCUCCGGCAAGAAUUGUAUAUCUGAGCGUGUAUAAGUUUUUCACAGCUUCUUGUCUCAUUUGAACUGACCUCAAUAUACUGGUGGCUUAGCGCUGGCUUAGCUCAGAUUAAAAUGUCCGGGGGCAAUGGCAUUACAUCUAAAGCAGAGAAGUAAAACAGGUUGGUGCUAAACAGGAAAAAAAUUAAUAAAAAUUGUUGAAGUCCAAAUUGUUGUUGUUACUUCCAAGUUACAACCUGGCAUCUAAUUAUCACACAGCCACCAAAUCCAGAGAUUAAACCUUUGACAAUUCUGACCUACAUGACCUAAGGAAUUAAGACCAGCAUAGAUACAGCACUAAGAACCAGAAGGAGAAGAUACACCAAAGAUAUUCUUUUUACUUGAUAUUCCUCAAGAUUGUGAAGCGACAAUACUUGAUGUUAUGACAGAUGUUCCAGAAUCCCUCAUUUGUAUUACGUUUCCAUAGAAUAAAUCUGAGAGCUUUGAUAUCCCAGAGGAAAAUUUUGCUGCUCUUUAAUAGCUCAGGAGAUUUCAUUGAAGUAUCAUCUUCAUCUCAGAUGUUUCUCCUGUAAUUCCUUUGAAGUAAAAAUCUAAACAAAUGAGACAAUUGUUGACAUACAUUGAGAGUACAGAGCUAUAAGAUUAAUGUGGAGCACAUAACUAAUUUGGUCUUGCAAGAAUUUGAUAAGAAAAGUUCAUAUUGAGAUUUCUGACUUUAGAUUGCAGACUUUGGUAUCUUGACAAAUCUGAGAUCUGUUUUUGUGACAUUCUUGAGAUCCCUUCUGAGCCUCUAGAGGAGAUACAUGUGAGAUUACUAGAUAUUUAUUUCUCAAGAGAAUCAUCUGAGAAGCAGGACACUUAAGCAAAUGUCUCCAUUCGCUCUUCAUAUCCUCUCAUUGCUGUUCGGACUAAUCAGCUGAGAUAAAUAGAUCUUAUCUGUGAUUUUUCUUUGUUGUAAAUGUUGGAGGUUUUUAUAAGUUCCCCCAAACUGAUCAUAAAUAGAUAGACACUCUUCUCAUACGCUCACUUACUCAUAUGUAAUCAUAUCUCUUAUUUUUCUACUGAUUAAUUCUUAUAUUUUUGUACAUUGUGAUGUUUGUGCUAAGGCCACGGUUAGGACCUUAUUCUCAUGCUGUGAAGAGUACAGUUGUGUGAGUCGAAAGAAAACUCGACCGAGCAUUAGUGCAGUAAAUUUGCAAAAAAAAAAAUAAAUAAAUAAAUAAAUAUUGGUGUCACUUUUUAUUCUGAGUUGUUAUGGCAUCCACCAAAAGCGUGAUAUACGGUUGAGUGCUCACACAAGUGUGAAUGUGUUGUCUCUGUCUGUUUAUGUUUGUUUUAUCUUCUAAAUUAAAUUGGUAUGUGAAUUCAGAUGUGGAAUUCUGAGCUCACUGAACUGUCGAUCUUGCAAUCUUGCAUGUAUUUCAAACAUGAAUGACUCAUUAAAUGGGGAUUUCAAACAUCUAAA